CCAACCAUGGCUACUGCUAAAUCUUUCAGUACUCCUAUCCUUUUCAUCUCUUUUCUCUUGCUGGCUUCUUGCCUUAGCAGUGCUAGUGAGACAAAAAUCAAAGCUAAUGUUACUAUAGCAAACGGUCUGGCGUAUGGAUUCUACAGAUAUAUAUGUCCUCAGGUUGAAGUUCUUGUGAGAAGUUAUCUGAGGCAAGUUUUCAGCAGGGACGUGGGGCAAGCAGCUGGCUUGCUUCGUCUCCAUGCCCAUGACUGCUUUGUUCAGGGAUGCGAUGGAUCAGUAUUGCUUGAUAGAUCAAUCGAGAGGACUGAACUACCCAACUUGAGCUUGAGACCACAAUCAUUUCAGAUCAUUGAAGCUCUCCGCCAGAUUAUCCACUCACGGUGCGGCCGUGUCGUCUCUUGUUCUGAUAUUCUCACACUCGCUGCUCGUGAUUCUGUCUUCUUUACAGGUGGGCCUGACUAUGCAGUCCCUUUAGGAAGGCGAGACGGAGUAACGUUCCCAAGACCAAAUCAAACAUUUGAAGACCUGGUGGCUCCUUUUGCUAAAACAACUGAAAUACUUACCAAGUUUGCUAGGAAAAACUUGAAUGCUGUUGACUCUGUAGCCCUCUCAGGUGCCCACACUAUUGGCAUCGGCCAUUGCGAUUCUUUCAAAGAACGAAUUUUUCCUAAUAGAGAUCCUACCAUGGAAAUUUCUUUCUUCAAUAGACUCAGGCAAGUUUGUCCUGCACCAGAAACGGACGCUGCAACUUGGUUGGAUAUUCGAUCCCCUAACAGAUUCGACAACUUGUACUUCGUUGAUCUCAUGAACCGCCAGGGCGUGUUUACCUCAGACCAAGAUUUGUUUGAAGAUCCUAGAACGAGGGGCAUUGUUGUUAGUUUUGCAUCUAGACAGCGUUUGUUCUUCAAGAACUUCGCUGUUGCCAUGACCAAAAUGGGGAUAGUGGAUGUGUUGACAGACGCACAAGGGGAAAUUCGUGCCAGGUGCAACGUGAGGAAUUCUGAUAACAUUAACGAUUUGGAGUCUGUAGUGGAAAAGGAUAUGGGUUCAUCCUCUGCAAUGAUAUAA